AUGAUACACAUCGACCACUCACUCCUCGCCAACGCCACCCAACCACCUCCAGAACCUGCACUCCCAAUCUUGGCUUCCCAUCUACUUGAGCUAGAAGAGCAGCAACAGCAACGGUUCACACGUUACGGGAGGCCACGACGACUGAGUACAGGGUGUAAAGAGCUUGAUGAUGUGCUUGGUGGUGGUGGUAUUGAGAGAGGCAUUGUGUUGGGAAUCAGUGCGCCUGUUGAAGGUAGAGAGGGGAGGUUGCUGUCCCUACACCUGCUCGCCUCAGCUCUACUCGUACAUCUCUCCGGACCAUCAACCACCAAAUCCCGGUCACCAAGAACCAAAGUAACAAUAAUUGACACCACCGGCUCUUUUCCGCUCGCGCUCCUCGCUUCAGUUCUCAGAGCUCGAUUUUUAGAAGCCUACUCCCUCGCGACUCAGAAUGCUGUGAAUACGGGGAACUAUGCAGUCCGAGAACCUAAGACUAGUGAAAAUGGUACUCGCAUGGAUAUGAGUGAGAAGGAGAGUGCGAAUAUUGAUGAGCAAGUCCAGAAGUGUCUGGAAAUGGUGGCUAUCAGUCGCGUAUUUGACAUCGAGGGUUUAUGGGAGGUCAUUGGGGAGGUGGAUCGUGUUGUGUCUUUAUCAAGCCCUGAAGUGGAUGGGCAAAAUCAGAACGCAAAAGCUGCUCUUGAUGUCACACACGAAGUAGAUGCUGCGGUAGAGCAGGAAAUCAGAGACGACGCACCUGAAAUCCUGGACAGUGAAGAAGAUUCUACACCGCCGUGCGAUAUUCCACCAUCCGUUUCGAAGGAGAAGGAUCAACAUGAUAGAGAAGACGAAGGUAUGGAGGUCAUCGUUGUGGAUAAUAUGACUCAUAUCAUUAAUGAGCUAUUUGCUAGGAAAGAGAAGAGCGAAGCACACACUCUCCUAGCCCUCCUUUCCUCAACCCUCCACAUCCUCUCCAGAACAAACAACAUCCUCACCAUCCUUCACAACUCCACAAACCCAAAUACCAUCAACACGAACACCAACACCGCCUACCAACCCCCAAAUGCAAAUCAGAACCAGCCCCAUCGCCAAAACCAACACCAACAACAAAUCCAAAAUCCAACCCGCUCCAUCUUCUCAUCUACCACGCAGAAACCCGCACUGGGACAGAUCUUCGCGCAAUUCCCUGAUCUCCACCUCCUCCUCCAUCCUCUACCAAAAGGGAAGAGCGAUGCCGAACUUCUGUAUAGCGGCGAAUCAGACCCAAGGGUCUUCAAUGAAGAUCACACUUCAGACAUCGGAGGUGGUGAUGAUAGAAGCGUACGCUACACCACAGUCCUUGAAGUCCUCAAGGAUGAAGCUCCAAGUCUUGGUGGUAUACACGAUGAUGAUGACGAUAAUGAUGAGAACGAAGGCGGAGGGGGAGAAUCGAAGAGGAAGAAAUUCGCGUAUAGAGAGCAGAAAUGGACAGCUCUUGAUGUGAGGGGUGAUGGGUUGGCGCUUGUGCCUACGUUUGAGGACAAGGGUAAUGCAGGGACGAGGGUGGAGGAGGGGUUGAGUGGAGGGGUGGGGAAUGUGGUUAAGAUUUGGGGGUUUGGUGGCAGGAGGGUUUGA